AUGGCAGCAUUAGCUAGGUUUAUUACUAAAAAUAAACUGUCUAAACUAACAGUUACUGGCCAAAUUCUGCUCCCUGACAGCGCCAGCUGCCUGAGUGUGAAAGCAUUUUUAGAGAUGUGUGGACUCAAGUAUUCAGUGGUUUUAAGAAACAAUGCAGAACAUAUGUCCCCAUCAGGCAAGGUGCCCUUCAUCCAGAUAGGACCUUUUCUCAUCUCAGAAUUUGAACCCAUCAUUGGUUUUGUCAACACUAAGGGGUUCCAUCUCAGUGCCAACCUGGAUGACACUGAGAGAGCUGAGAUGAGAGCCUAUAUGGCUUUGGUUGAUAACAUACUGGUUAAUGCUGAGCACUAUAUAUCCUGGUGUGAUGCCACAGUGCUACAAACUGUCACAAAACCUAGGUAUGGUUCCCCCUACCCUUGGCCCCUUAAUAAGCUGGUACCUCUGAAGAAAUGGUAUGAAGAAACCAGUAGACUCAAAGCCUUAGGAUGGUCUCAGAAAACACUGAGUGAGGUUUGUGAGGAGGUGCAGACAUGUUGCCAAGCCCUUUCGGAAAGACUAGAUAAAAACAACUUUUUCUUUGGGAACAGACCAACAGAGCUGGAUGCCCUGGUUUUUGGACACCUGUUCACAAUCCUCACAACACCUAUGCCAGUCAAUAAAUUAGCAGAGAUUGUAAAAAACUUUGACAAUUUAGUGCACUUCUGUGCCAGGAUAGAACAGCAGUACUUCUCUGCUACAGAAGCUUCUUAGUAUAUUUUUAAAACAAUUUGACAGCAAAUACAGAUGUGCUGUGCCAAUAUUUUUUAUGGUUUUUCUAAUCUGUGCAAGAUCUGGCAGUCUGGGAAAAUUUAUUCAAACACAAGCUAGGCUACUGCAUUUAAAGCUUUUAGGACAGCUUUAAGAAUUAUACUUCUACUUGACAUGGAAGAAUGAGAACUUGUCAAGAAAAAGCUGAUAUAAGACACAAAUGUAAAAUAUCUUCAAAGCGUAUUUAAUAUUAAUUUUUAUAUUUGUUUAUUCAAACUUGAAUAACAUUUAUUGUGUUUGCCUUGAUUAUAUGCUGAUUUUCUUCAUUAAAAGACAAACUUAUGAUAAAUUUGUAGCUCACAUUUUACGUUUUUGAAUAAUUAAGAUGUUUGCCAAGUAAGUAAAAUACCCCAGCAAGUUAUAUUACCUUCAUUUUCAUUUAACGUGGAUAAAUGUCUUCAGGUCAAAGUACUGGAAAAUUCUGACUGAAUCCAAAUCAUAAUCAAAAGCAUGUUAAAUUGGGCAAAGUAUGAUUAAUUAAAACAUUUUACCUUUUUUUUUGGGCUGUUGUAUGAGAAUACGUUUUGGCCAGACUUUAUACCCUAGGGUG